CCCUCCUCAUGGAACGUCCAGGCAGGGGGCCCUGUCAUACUUCGUACAUCAGACACAGUCCAUUAUCCCCUCGAUGGACCUGGCUGCGACGAUGAAUUUGCGAGCCUUCUACCAUCUGGUGGACACCUGGUUUACAUCAACGGAGAUGGUCGGACUGAGCCAUACACUGUUACCCUUUUCCACCAACUUCGCUGUCUCGACAUCUAUCGACGAGAGUACAUUGCUGAUCCACCGCCGGAGAAACCCUCGCCUCUCAUCCGUCACUGCAUGAACUACCUUCGACAGAUGGUCCUUUGUCAUCCCAACAUGGGCUUGGAAUCUGUUCACCGCACGAGAGGCUCAGUCACGAGCCAACCGCACGAUGCAGUUUGCAAUGAUUGGGCAAGGAUAUACGAGGAGGCGGAGCAAAAUUGGAGGGCACAGAGACGAUUUCACCAGCACUCAGGCUGA